CUCGAAGGACUCAAAGAAGUAAAAGAAGACUCAAGGUCAAGAUUGGGAGGGUGAUUGUUGGACCAAUCUUGACAUUCAGUAAUAGUUAGGGGGUUUAUUUUGUAAUUAUGUUGAAGUCUUUAUUUGUUAAUAAUUAGGGUAGAGUCAGUCAUAAUUUUAGGAGAUAUAUCUCAGAUGGAUUUGAGAUUAUCAUAGCUUGUAGGAGUAGGAGAUGUUAUGCUUGGAGAGCAAGGCUGAUGAUUUAACUUGGUGGACAAGGACGAUGUCAAAAAAAUGGCUGCACAAUUUCUAGAGUAUGUCAUUAAGAAUCACCGCAUUAGUCGAGAGCGGGUGAUGACAGUGAACAUAUUUCAAGCCUUCCAAAUAUCUAUGUGCUGGAUGGCAGGUAAAUUGUUGAAGCAAAAAGUUGACAAGGAUGAGAUGCUUGAGCUAACCAAAGAGCGUCUGAAGUUUAAAUGCACUAAAGAGGAAGCAACUGCUGUUUAUCGGAGAUUUAGGGCACUGAAGAAAUUAUUUUUGCAAAACAUGAAGAGGAAUGAGCAGUCUGGGAAUGUUUCGGAGCAUUGUGAAGCAGAUAAGAAUGGUGACGCUUGCAAGAAUCUGGUUCAACCACCUUUAGAAGAACAUAUUACUGAUGAGAUCUUGUUAGUUGAACAACCUAAGGAUUUCGGGGUGGGAUAUGAUCAUCUAGCAGAAGUACAGGAAGAUGCUUUAAACGUAGUUGUCGGGUUUGAACAUUAUGUGGAAGAAAAUACUGCAAAUAAGUAUAAUAUGAUAAAUAUUGGAGGCAACCAGAAAGACAUUGCUAGUAACUGCGAUGUUGUAAACCAGACAUCCGACAAAGUUGCUUCUUCAGAUGAUGGUGGUUUGCCCCCUCAAAAUCAAUGUAGUAGGGCUCAUUCAUCAGAGAACCAAGGUACAUCACAUAUUGAAGCUGGAGUUGCGGGGCCUUUUAUUGCUACGAGACAUGAAACGCCUAAUUCUGAAGCUGUGGUGGCCGAAAAUUGUGAACCUCAGCAUGCUACUAAUGCUAACGGCCACUCUAUACAUGGUGAAGUUGCAUAUGUGAGCUGUGUUCAAGAGGAUUAUGACUUACAAACCUCCAGAGCUUCCCAAUCGACUGGAACAUCAACACAAGCUUUGCAUGAUGGUGAUUCACGUUCACGAGAUCCUCUUCACAAUGAAUUUGAUAGGAUACGUGGAGAAAUGGUGCAUGCUGCCAAGAAUCAAGAAGAUUUGAGAAGCCAGCUUAAAUCUGAUUGUGAAAAGGAGAUCGAGGAAACAGUUGCAGAAAUUCGUAACAGAUACAAUGCCAGACUUCAGGAGUCCGAGACGAAAUACUCACUCAGAAAGAGCGAACUUGGUGGGAAUAUGAAAAAAGUUCUUUUGAACAAGUUAUUGGCUGAUACUUUCAGAACAAAAUGCGAGGAGGAUCUCAGGCCUUCAAGGAUUGUGACUAUGUGGCAAGCAAUACCUACCAGUUUUAUGCAGCACUUAAAUCAAGUAUCAGUGCAACCGACAUUACAAUCUGCCUACCUCACUGGCUUCUCUUCACCCGGAUGGCAAACUUCAGUACCGGCUAGUGUGAGACCACCAACAACUGCUUCCCCUUCUGCUGAGGAGCAAACUUCAAUAUCAGAAACUACGAGAGUGCCAUCCCAUUCUUUGCCCUCAGGUGGUCAAGAAUCAGCUACUGCCCCAUAUGCAGUUGAAUCCCCAAGAAGAUUACCACCAUCAUCAAUUUAUUUGCCUCCAGCUAGACAGCAAAAUUUUUCGAUAGUUCAGUCGCGAACACCAACAAUUGCCUCACCUUCUGCUGGCGAGCAAACUUCAAUAUCAGAAACUACGAGAGUGCAAAUUCAUUCUUUGCCCUCAGGUGGUCAAGAAUCAGCCUCUGCUCCUUCUGCAGUUGAAUCCCCAAGAAGACCACCACCACCAUCAACAGUUCAGUCGCGGUCACCAUCAAUUGCUUCUUCUUCUUCUUCUUCUGCUGGAGAGCUAACUCCAGCCUCGGCAACUACAAAGCCACCAUCCUUUUCCUUGUGUUCAGGCGGACAGCAAUUAGCUACUAGCCAGCCAGCCAUGUUCAAUUAUGCUACAGUUGACGAAUCAUCAAGAAGACCAUCACGGUUUUGGUUCCUUCCAGCUAGGCAGCGAAACUCUUCCAUGGUUUGGACGAGAUCGCUACUAAAUGCUUCAUCUUCCGCUGGAGAGCCAACUUCAACACCUGCAAUUACAAGACCGCCAUCCUUUUCUUUGUCUUCCGGUGGACAGCAAUUAGCUACUAGCCAGCCAACUCUGUCUAAAUCUGCUACAGUUGACGAAUCACCAAAAAGACCAACACCACCACCAACAAUUGCUCUGCCUCAAGCUAGCAGCCAGCAAUCUUCAUCAGCAGUUUGGUCGCAAUCACCAUCAAUUGCUUUGUCUCUCCGCGGACAACCUGUGGCUGGCCAACAGACUCCAGUUUCUUCAAGAUGCUCCAUGUUUGGUAAAUCCUCUAGGGCUUCUAACAACCCACCAGUUAUCUGUUCCAUUACACCUUCCUCAGGUAACCUACGAAGAGGGGAUAUCCGGGCUCCAGCGCCCCACCUCCAAUCUUUCAAGCCCUCAAGAUUUUCCUUGGCUUCUUCUAACUUUCCCCCUUCAGAUCCGCCCUCACUCAACCAUGCCCUGCCUCUACCUUCGGCAGAUUCUUCUCAAAGUUCACAACCCAAGGAGCACUCUGAACCCAAUAACAAAACAUCGUUACAGAGCGCUAAUGUUUCUGCAAUGGAGUUGCUCAGAAAUCUUGAGGAUUCUCUCGGAAGGCUUUCCGCAGUCCAGCAAAAACAGAGCGGUAGACAAGGUUUUUGUGCAGCCACUAACUCUCUAUCUCCAUCGUCAUCUACGAGCUCACCCAACCAUUCUCCAUGUCAGGCGAAAAUUUUUGAGUCUUCUAGCUUGUCACAAGACAAGGAGCAGCAACUGCCUCCAGCUGGAACAGAUGACUACAACCAUGCUCCAAAAGCUGUUCCCUUUUCUGAGUUGCUCAGGAAUCUUGACAACCUAGCUUGUCUAAACCAGUCAACAAAUGGUGUGCCUUCCUUGCAAAAAACUAACCAUGGAACAGAAGGGAGUAGUAUACAAGAAGGUUCUUCCUCCACACCCCUAUCAACUGAUGUUGUUUGUCUGUCUACUAACGAAGAAUGAAGUUUGUAUAUUUCUCCCCAUAGUUUUGCUGGCCUAAGUUCUUAUGCUUAUCUUUGGCCUACUUAAGAUUUGAACCCUUUUACUUCUACAUGUCUGCUGCCAGCUGACUGUUCUUCACUUCUGCAUCUCUUUUCUUUAUUAUUUUUCAUACCCUUUUCUUCAAUCUUGUUGAUGAUGAACUUCAAUUUUGAUUCUUUUCCCCCAAUCAGGUACGAAAGACUUCUUUUUUUUUCUUGAAUUUCUUGAAAAUAGAUAUUCUCUUCUUAUUCUUAACUUUUCAAGUAAGCCAAUUUAAAUCUUCACCCAUUAUUUAAUUUUUCUGAUCUGGGUUUACUG